AUGAAUGGUUCGGUUCUUGAUGGUAUAAUUAAUAGGCUUCUUGAAGUUAGAACAAAUCCUGGGAAGCAAGUCCAGCUUUCAGAGAUUGAGAUUAAGCAGCUUUGCUUUGUUUCUAGAGAUAUUUUCUUGAGACAGCCCAUUCUCUUGGAGCUUGAAGCACCUGUUAAAAUUUGUGCUGUAGUUGAUAGCCUUGGAUCGUUGCAAUUUCCGAGAGAUGGCACAACUUUGUGUAAACCGAUCAACGAUUCCUCUGAAUCGUUGACAAUAAACAACACUGGAAAUCUUGAGCUUUUGGGACAGAAUAAGAGUGUCGUUUGCUCUACAAGCUCGUUGAAACAAGCCUGGGAACCAUGGGUUAAACUCUUGGAUAAUGGUAACUUUAUUUUGAAAGAUGAGAAAGAUGAGAAUACAGAGAACUAUUUGUGGCAAAGCUCUUAUUACCCUGGUGAUACAUUGUUGUCUGGAAUGAAAUUUGGAUGGGACUUGAAGAGAGGUCUUACUAGGCGGUUGUCAUCAUGGAAAAGUUUGAAUGAUCCCUAUUAUGGAGAUUUUAUUUAUGGGAUUGAAUAUGAUGCACAACACCGUACGUACUCUGAACCAAUACUUUGGAAAGGAUCUGCAAAAUUUUAUCGAAUUGGGCCAUGGAAUGGCCUACAUUAUAGUGGUUGUCCUGAGUUGAGACCAAGCCCUCUUUACGAUUACAAGUUUGUUUACAGUGAUGAUGAAGUUUACUACUCGUACAUCCUCAAGAAUAAGUCUGUGAUCACAAGAGUUGUCAUCAAUCGAACGACAAGUGCUCGUCAACGUUUGAUAUGGAUUGAAAUUGAGAAAAUUUGGAAGCCUUACUUUUCAGACCCUCGAGACUAG